AUGGCUUUCAGAACUCCAGUACUUGAAUAUAAAGCGUGGGCUUACAAGAAUGGUAACCACCCCAUUGAGCUAAUCCAAGAAACCGUUAAUUUAUCCAAAUCAGUCAACGGCGAGUACAUUGCCCCCGAAGGUAAGAUCUUGAUUAAGAUCAAUUAUGCAUCGUUAAACCCAGUUGAUUACAAGCUAUACAAGGCCAAACCAGCCUUUCUUCGUUUUAUAAAUUCCAAACAAGGUUUUGGUAAAGAUUUUUCUGGUAAAGUUGUUUCUGUUGGUAACAAUACCGCCACCAAAGUUAAAGUCGGUGAUUUAGUGCAAGGUAUCCAAGCACCAAUGCUUGAUAGAGGAUCAUGCGCUGAAUAUUUGUUGCUAGACCCUAAAAAGUCGCCAAUUGCUACCAAAGCCACCAAUAUUGAUCUUGCUAAAGCCGCCUCAUUCCCCUUAGUUUUGGGAACUGCUAUGCAAAUAUCAAGAGGCUUAAAGAUCAAGGAUGAAAAGAUUUUGAUUUUGGGGGCUGGUACAUCAGUUGGUAGAUAUGCUGUUCAAUUGUGCAGAUUGAAAGGAGCUAAAGAAAUUAUCACUACAAACUCAGGAAAGACUGCUGAUUUGAUUAGUGAAUUGGGAGCAACUUCACAAAUUGAUUAUAGAAAGAACCCAAACAUUUUACAACAAGUAUUGGAAAGUGUUAAAGAAUCGGGUCCAUUUGAUCACAUAUUAGAUACUGUUGGUGGUAAGGAAUUGUUUCCUGAAAUUCACACUAUUUUGAAAAAAGGCGGUGCUUAUCAUACAACCAACCCAGGAAGUUCAUUCUUUGCAUACACAAGUUCAUUAUUGAAAAAGAAAUGGGCCGCUUGGGGAUUCCUUGGGUAUGAUUACAGUUUUGGAUUUUUGGAUUACAAUGGAGGCUGGAUUGAUUCAGCUAGGGAUUUGGUUCAAAAUGGACAAGUUAAGAUUUUUAUAGAUUCAGUUUACCCAUUCAAUGAUUUACAUGAAGCGGUUGAUAAGUUGAACAGUGGUAGGGCUCAAGGUAAGAUUUUGUUGGAGGUUGAAAAACCAACCAAACAAGAAGAAGCUGAAGAAAGAGAACAAGGUACACGUUUGUGA